CGGAUAGCCCGGGAGAGGUUUCCUAUUGGUCUGCCAAUGAGAGAGGUGUCAAAUGUCCCAUGGAGCAGUAAACUUCUCAUGAUCAAAAGUGGAGCUUUCGAAUGGCCUUUUAAUUAAUGAAUGGGGUGGAUUGCCGCAGUGCAGAAAACGUGUGAUUUAUUAUGCAGAAAGGGGAUUAUACAGAAGUUUCCUUCAGCUCUGACAACUUUUUCGAACUCGCUGGGGUUUUUCCCCUUUAUUCUUGCUCCAGAAAUCACCCAAACUGAACAAUGUCGCAGUCUGAGCAGAAAGAAACGUCGGAGCAGGGAGCACAGAGCUCUGGACGCGAGCAGAGCGACGUGUUGGUGAAUCCCAGAGCGGUGUGUAAGGUGUGUAAGCGCCUGUACCGGGACCCUAAAAUCCUGCCGUGUCUGCACACGUUCUGCUCUGACUGCAUCGCUCAGCUGGAGCCGUUUUCGGUGUCUUCACGUAUACAACGGGAUGUUCCGGAGGGCGGUAAGCGGGACAAACCACUGGAGGCAGACCGACCCGCCGUCACUAUCACGGUGCUCUGCCCUGACUGUGACUCAGAGGUAGACCUCCCUCCGUCCGGGCACGUCGGGCUGAGUACCGACCACUUAGCGCUGGACGAAGUAUUCGUGGAGACCCUGGAAACGGACGGCCCGCUGGGAUGCGACCUGUGCGGAGAAGGAGGUGCUGGGAGCCGCUGCGAGGUGUGCUCCGUCAACCUGUGCGAGUUCUGCUGCCAAGCGCAUAGACGGCAGAAGCGAACAGCAUCUCACUCCAUUCAGGCUUUGGAGGAGCUGAAGGCUUGUGGUCGUCUGGUCCGGCCUGUCCUCUGCACCCUGCACCCGGGACAGGAGCUGCGGCUUUUCUGUCAGCCCUGCGACCUGCCCGUCUGCCUGGAGUGUGCCGCCACGCUGCAUCGCGACCACCGCUGCUGCCCCACACGUGAUGUUAUCGAUCGCCAUGGGGACCGCAUCAGAGAGCUGGUUAACGUGCACCUUCGACCCCGACUUGAGCGACUGGAGGAGUCACUGCAGAAGGUGGAAGCAUCUCAGGAGACUUUGCAGGCACGAGUUGAGGCCACAGCCAGUGAGGUGAGGGCAUUCGCACGAGGUUACGCCAGCGCAGUGGAGGCCCACUGUCUGUCUCUGCUGCGGCGUCUGGAGGAGCUCCGAGUCCAACGGAGGAACCACCUCCACUUACAGGGGGUGCAGCUUCAGCAGGCUCUGCUGGACAUCCGAGGCAGUGUGGAGUUCGCAGAGCGGCUCCUGAGUUGUGGGUCUGACGCUGAGAUCCUCAGUGCCAAAGGAGUGACCUUGAGAAGACUCACCAGCCUGGCAGAGAGGGGUUAUGACCCCCACCCAGCAACCGUUGCCCCUGACGAUGGCAGCAGUAUAUCCUUCAUGCCCAGGGAACCCGCAGGGGAGGUGGAGGGCUACCCUGUGGUCGGGGUAAUCAACUCUAAGACUGUGGAUGUCAGCAGGUGCACCAUUGAAGGAGAAGGCCUGCAGGAAGGCACGGAGGGCCAGCUGGGCCACUUCACCCUGGUGUGCCGAGACUCAGCUGGAGAACAGUUGGCGCGAGGUGGAGAGCACGUCCUCGUGAGCGUCGUUCACACAGAGAAGAAAAACUGUAAAGUGGAGACGACUGUGACUGACAACAGUGACGGGUCCUACAGUGUGUCAUACACACCACAGCAGCCAGGAGCGUACUCUGUGUGGGUUUGUGUCAAAGCCCAACAUGUCAAGGGCUCUCCAUUUGUUCUGAAUGUGAAGAGGAAGUUCAGGCGUCACAGAGGGACGUUUCACUGCUGCUCCUUCUGCUCCAGCGGAGGAGCCAAAGAGGCUCGCUGUGGCUGCCCGGGAACCAUGCCAGGAGGAUUUAAAGGCUGCGGUCAUGGUCAUAAAGGACAUCCCGGGAAGCCUCACUGGUCUUGCUGUGGCAGCACCACGGAGCAGUCGGAGUGUUUGCCCCAGAGCGUGCUGGCUGCCGUUUCCCCUCGCAGCCACCUGCGAACUGUGGAGCUCUGAGGCGACGCAGAGCCGAGACCUGUCAGGACGAUGCGGUUUCAUAAAAAGAUGGCAGAAAUGGAAAGGUUAGAGCUGCGGGGAAGUAACCUUGAGGUUGUCGGCGUAAACCUUGGACCAACUUGAAAAGGUCAGACAAGGGAAGUGAAAGUAACCUAGUGAGGCAGGACAUCAGAGUCACUGCAUGUCGGGCUUAAUGUGAUAAAGUAUCCAGCCAGCUGCUAGAGACUAACAAGGGACACAGACAGUCCUCUGUGUAGUCCACAUUGUAAAAGUGCCUUUAUGUGUCAGCUUAUCAUGCUCACGCUGGAGGAGAAAGGAGAAAGAAGAAGCAUCGAUCACAGCAGGACAGAAAUGUGCUUAAAGCCUUGCUGAAAGGAAGCGGAGCAACAGCUGACAGUUUACAAGUUUUUAACCUUUUAAUCAGCUCGGAAGUUCUGAGGUGCUGAAAUAAAUUUUUGAUUCAUGAUUUUAAUGGUCAGUAAAAAAAACAGCCAGA